AUGACAAAAAUUGUUCGAUGUGAAUGGAUUGACAGAGGACCAUUGUACCUCGAUUAUCAUGACAACGAAUGGGGUUAUCCAAUGCAUGAUGACAAAGAUUUAUUUAGGCAAUUAUGCAUUCAAGGCUUUCAAGCUGGAUUGAGCUGGGAUUUAGUAUUGAAAAGAAAAGCUAAGCUUGAUGAAGCAUUUGAUAACUUUGAUCCGGACAAAAUUAUCAAAUAUGACGAUAAAAAAAUUGCUGAAAUAUUGCAAACUGAUGGUGUGAUCAAAAAUAAAUUAAAAGUUAAUGCAGUUGUAUCUAAUGCCAAGGCAUUUUUCAAAGUAAAAGAAGAAUUUGGUUCAUUUGAUAAGUAUGUUUGGUCUUUUGUUGAUUAUAAACAUAUUGUUCAUGAUUUUGAAAAAGUUGAAGACCUUCCUGCUGAAACAGAAGAGUCUAAAAAGAUAAGUGAAGAUAUGAAGAAAAGAGGAUUUAAGUUUGUCGGAAGCAAGAUAAUAUAUAACUUUAUGGAAGCCAUGGGCUUAGUUAAUGAUCAUUUCUCUUAUUGUUCUUUCAAAAAUGGAAAAAUUAAAUCAGAAUAG